AUGCAAGACUUUAAUAAAUCAUUAUAGCUUAUUAAGUUAGCUAAGAUGUAAUUGAUAAUUAUUGAUAUUUUUUAGGAUUACAAUGAUUCUUAUUAACAUAAUUUGGAACUUAGAAAAUAAAAGGAGGAAGAAUUUGCAACCUUUGAUGACAUAUAUAGAAUUUAUACCAUUUAGGUUGUUUGAAUUUUAGCCCCAUACAUCAUAAAAUUAUUCAAUUUUAUAAUUAUAAAUAUUAAUCAAAUAAUUUAAAUUAUCUUAAUAUAAUAAUAAUGUAUUAGGAUAAUUUAUAAUUUCUCCCUUUUCAUUCAUAAUAUAAUUUCUAUAAAAUUUUAUAUAAAUAAUUUCAGUAUAUAUUUGGUGUUAAAUAAAUAUAGGAAUAAAUCGUUUUUAUAGACAUAAAAUAUUUAUUUUAUAAUCUCAAUAGAUAUUUUAAUCACCAUUAAAUAAUAGUCCAUCAAAGAAUCAAUUUAUAUUUUCAAAAUCUGAGAGAUUUGUUAAAUUUGCCGAUCCGAUAUUGUAAUCAAUUUUGACAUUAAUAUUAGUUGCUAUUAAGCAUUUUACAAUCUUGAUCCAAUGAUUUAAAAAAGAUCAGCUGGCUUAGUAAAGGCAAAAAGUAUAAAUUAAUGAUAAUAAUAAUAAUAAUAAUAAUAAUAAGCUGAUUUUCCUAAAGUAGUAGUUCCAAGUCCAUCUCCUCAAAAAUAUAAUUUAGGCAAUGAUGUCUAAAAUAAUUUGAAAAAGAAUAAAGGAUAUAGAGUGAAUAAAGAUAAAAUGGCCAAUAAAGGUAUUUUAGAAACUUUAAAUCUCAAAACCCAGGUUAAAACUAAUCCAUUUGACCAAAUAGCUUCUGGAAUUAUGAUUUAGGAUCUAAAAGAAGCGAUACUAGAUAAACUAUGA